AUGCUCCGGCGUAAGCGUAAAGCCGCUACUGCUGCGGUCGUGGAAGACGACGAAUGGGCCGCGUUCGCCCAUCUCAUCGAUGAUACCAUGACGUCCAUUCAGCUUCUGUUGAGCCGCAACUCUGAGGGCUGUGCAGCGCUCGGUCUCCCUCCGUUGGCUCUUUGGCACCAGCUAUACACGAUAUUGCCUAACCGGACAUUUGUGGACCAAAAUGUGCAUCGAUUCCAGACCGAAGGCCGGUUGAUGGCGAUCGAAAUUCCCUCAGGAGCAGACGAUGUAGUUAUCGUACGUACAGAAGACUACGUUGCUGAGUUGCAAAAGCGUGAGGUGGCACUUCGUGAGCAGAUACGCCAGCAUCCCGGGGACAAAGCUGUCGUGGCCACGCUGAACGCUUUGGCUUGGUUUAGGCGUGCGCUGCCGCAACUCGCAUCGCAAUCAACUGCUUCGAUCGAUAUGUUUGUAGUGCACAUGAAUGAAAGCGAAGAUUGCUCGGACAAACAACAGAUUCGAGCUAUGGUGGGGCAAGUUCAGCGGCUUGGGUUCUUGCUACCGACGCCUCGACUAGACGACGAAGCGUAUUCCUUUUCGAUCCCAGGCGUAGGGAAGCUCGUGUCUGCGAUACGGAAGACGCGGACGUUGAUCAUCAGGACACUGAAGCGCACGAAGUACAAAGAGAUGCACGAGCAGCAGUUGAAGAAAGCCAAACUCGCGUGUUCGUGCUUCCAACUAGAGUUCCACUUGGCUGAUAUGGAAGGGUGUGGGUUGAUUAGACGAACCAAAGUCACGUCGGGCGUUCUGGUCGCGCUUGCUGACAAGUGA